UUACUUUCUAUUGAACUCUUCUUUUUUUUUUUGAAUUUUCAUUAUGGCUUCAAUCUCUAAUUCCUUUCACUUUUCUCUAAAAAGAUCAAAUUUUUAUUCUUCUUCAUCCCACAAACUUAUUAAUAGAAAUUUAACUAAUUCAGUUUCACUCAAAAAUUUGUCAAUAAUUGCAAAUUCCAAAAACUUUGAAUCAAUUAAGCCUAAAUGCAGUCAAUUAUUGAAGCCAAGAAAUAGUGUUGAUGUUUUUGUUACAAAAGCAGUAGCUGCUGAUGCAGAGGGUCAUGACAUUGAAAUUACUGAUGGGUAUGUUAAACCAACUAAAGGAUUUGCUGAAAAAUUUCCAGCUCUAGUUACUGGAUUCUUUUUCUUUACAUGGUACUUUCUGAAUGUGAUUUUCAACAUACUCAACAAGAAAGUAUACAACUAUUUCCCAUACCCAUACUUCGUUUCAGUUGUACAUCUCCUAGUUGGAGUAACCUAUUGUCUUAUUAGUUGGACCGUUGGUCUACCUAAACGUGCGCCCAUCAAUAAGGAACUUCUGGCACUGCUUACUCCGGUAGCAUUCUGUCAUGCUCUUGGACAUGUUAUGUCUAAUGUGUCGUUUGCAACUGUUGCUGUAUCCUUCACUCAUACCAUCAAAGCUCUGGAGCCAUUCUUCAGUGCUUCGGCUUCUCAGUUUGUCUUGGGCCACCAGAUCCCCGUCUCUCUGUGGUUAUCACUGGCCCCUGUUGUCAUUGGUGUAUCGAUGGCGUCGUUGACUGAACUAUCGUUCAAUUGGACUGGCUUCAUUAGUGCAAUGAUCUCAAAUAUUGCUUUCACUUACAGAAGUAUCUACUCAAAGAAAGCAAUGACUGGAAUGGACAGCACAAAUGUAUACGCGUAUAUUUCAAUUAUCGCCCUCCUCUUUUGCCUCCCUCCAGCAAUAUUUAUUGAAGGACCUCAACUACUGCAGUACGGUUUCCGCGAUGCUAUUGCUAAAGUAGGUCUUUAUAAGUUCUUAUCCGACCUUUUGUGGAUCGGGAUGUUCUAUCAUCUGUAUAACCAGAUAGCUACUAACACCUUAGAGCGUGUAGCGCCACUUACACAUGCUGUUGGAAAUGUGUUGAAGCGAGUGUUUGUGAUUGGUUUCUCUAUAGUAGUAUUUGGAAACAAGAUAUCGACUCAAACUGGGAUUGGUACUGCAAUAGCUAUUGCUGGUGUUGCUAUCUACUCGUUAAUAAAGGCAAGGAUGGAAGAGCAAAAACGGAAGGCUUCUGCCCUUGCUCAUGAACAAUAGCGGGAGGACUAACAAAGACGAAGAUGGUAAGAGUGAACACUAGAAGAGUAUGAGGCAGCGCGGAGAUGAUCUGAUAAAUGCAGUAAGAAUAGUUAAUGUCGUCUCAGCUAUGGCUUUCAAUUAUGUUAAGUUUAUUUGUUCUUCUGUACAAUUGUGAAGUUUGCCUCAUUUUGUUGGUUUGGAAGUACACAAGCUGAUCAAUUCAGCUGGCAGUAAUUCAAAAAAAUAAGACUCCA